AUGGCAGCACAAGCAAAUUAUUUGGACGACAAGUUUGCAGGAACGUACCAAAAGCUAUUCGAUACCAUCGAGCGUGGCGUAGACCAAUGCUCGACUGAUCUAUUGCAGACUCUUCUAGAAGAGAAAACCAACAGCUUGUCUCUGGGCCUCAAAGCCUUUAACGAACCAUCAUCACAAUCUCGGUUAAAGUUAAAAGUCGGAACAAACAUCUCGAUCGAAGGGAAAACUAUCGUUCUCAACAAAGAAGAAGUGGACCUUGUGCACACAUUAAGCACUUUCCUGGACUUGAACGAACUUCAGUGUGCAUUACUGUGGAAUGCCUAUCGACAGGAGAAUGACAAUCACUCGGAUUCAGCAAAGAAAGCAUAUGGAUACCAAAUGUGUGAAGAUACAACUCUCAUCAUAAACUUUGCCGAAUACUACUUUCAGGAUCGUAUUGCUAUUCUACAGUGCGUUACUUCACUGAUCCGUAUUUCUCGAGAAUCCACACACCCUUACACGCAGAUUGCCAAAAAUGCAAUAAAAACAAUAAACGUUAAUACAGACUUUGCGGAUAAGAUUAUUAUUCAAUUGAAAAACCUCGUACGAUUCGACGUUCCUUCACAAUUCUUUUCAUAUGCCCCAUGGGCGGUCAUGAGAGCACGACAGAAUCUCAAGGAAGAGUAUGCACUACUCGAGACACUCUUUCUUAUUCACGCCUUUGAACCUUGCCCACCAAAACGAGCAUUUACGAUCAUCCAAGAAUUUGAAGCCAACUGUUUUGCCUUGCAUCAAACGUGUGGUCGCUUGCUUAGCCAACAAGACACUGAUUUAUUUCACAGGGUAUCCUACAUGUGCGAACUUGUCGCAGUUCAAGUACUUGGAUUAGAGAACUUGCCCAAAGAGAACAUUUCAAAUGAACAAGGAAAUACAUUAUUGAAAUCACCAGAGACGAUCUUAGACAUCAACAGUGUUGUGGCAUUUCUGGGAAAUUCAUCAUCACAUUCCACAUUUAUGCUAGCUUGGUCUUAUUUCCUAGCCUUCCUCAACAGCAAACUGGACAAUACAACUGACUCUUUGGAUGUUUACUCAAAUGUAAAAACGUUUUUCAAAGGAGAGCUUACCGUUACACCUGCCAAACUCUUGACAUCACGCCCAGUCGUAGACGGUGCCAAUUCGGAAGAUAUGGCGCGCAAAAAGCCGGUUAUUAAUCAGACAGCGGAUGUAUUUAGACUGUAUGCAAGCAGAUCUAUCCGAUUGAGCGUAUUCGAUCAUAUCAUAGCCAUCAUUCAGAGUACCGUGUGUUCUGAAGAGAAUCCAAACAAAUCCACAUGUCGCAACACUCUUAGAAUAUUUCUCAAUUCGAUUCUCUCUUGGACUCGCCCUUGCUUUUUACCUACAGAAAGCUAUCCCAGUCUUGUCAAAUGUACCCAGCUUUUAUUUAAAGACGAACCCGAAUUGUGCGCUAAAUUCUGGAAAGAGGAUUUUGUCCCCAACGACACGUUGUCCCUUAUUGCAACGACCAGAAAAAGAUUUCCUGCGCGCUUUUUAGAUUUUACACAACUGCUGGCCUCUCUCACCGGUUCGGCAGAUAAUGUGGAGACUUCAAAAGAUUCUGCUAAACAUGUCUUUGAAUACAUGACUACUCUCGAAACUUUGCUUGUCAAUAUUAAGCCUUCUGCUAAUGUCUCGGCCCGCAAAGAAGGACAAUCAACAAUUGUUAAAGCCGAGAAUUAUCUUGUUAUUUUAAGAGAAGGAUCAUUUGUUGCUGAACUUAUUAUUCCUGCUGGCACUGAAGGAAAAUUAUUGGAAAACUCUAAUGGAAGUUGCCUGGUCCAAUGGAAAUUCAAAUAUUCCGGUUGGGGCUUUUUAACAGCACUCUUAGGAAAACUUAUCGAAGAAGAUCACACCGUAAACCAAACAACAGACGUUACAAAUAUUGGAGAACAUGAGGGAAUUGGAAAACUGGAUAUUAUACACAGCAUUCUAGAGUUAAUUUUAAAAGUUAUGGAAAACAAUCCAUCUCUGGCUGGUCAAUUGGUUGAACACGUGGAAAAGGAUUGUCAUAAAUCACAUAAAUUUAUUACACCCGGCAGCCCUCCUACCCUAAUUACAACACUUUGCAGCACAUUCACUUACUGUAGCUCACAUGAAUCAUCGUGUCCAACCUAUAUCACGACAUCUGCACUACGCUGCUUGACCUUAUUACUACCUCUGUACCGAAACGACAUAUGGACUUUCCUUGAAUCAUCCCCCAUAUUGGCUUUCUCCAAUUCCACCAACCACAUCACUUCAAAUUUCAGAACACCUUAUACAGUGUGGAUUGCUCCUGGUACAAAGAUCGAGGAACUUGUGUCAAAUAUGGAAUGCAUAAAUGGUCGAUACCCACUGUUGCUUGCUUUCCUAGACUUUAUCUUGGCACUUGUACAUGAUAUUCAACGAAGCUGGUGGGUCGGUAACGAAGCCAGCCAAACCCCGCACAAAAUCAAAACACCGCGUCAAUAUCAAGCAGCAGCACUUUUCGAUUGUCUGUAUUAUCUUACAGAAAAGGUCUUUCCGUCGUAUGCAGCUUGGGGCUACCAGUCACUUUCGGAGCGUUAUUUGAUAGGCUCCAAGGUGCUGUCGAUCUUUAUUCAAAUAGAACGGUAUUUUAAGGAGGCCGACGCCACACCCAAAGACGAAGUAUCGCUAGGACGCAUUCGCGAAUAUCUUCUCACGCACUUCCUGUACGAAGGUGGUGAGCAUCACAUCUCUCCUCUGUUGGACAUCAUCUCAGAUGGCGCCACUACUGCCGAUCAUCUGUACCGUAUUUCAUUUCUCAAGGAGGCACGACAAGCUGAGAAACUUGCAGAGCUUGGUCUCACAUUUGUCAAAAUGCUUCUCCAAACCCAACUUAGCUUGGUUCAAAAAAACAAAGCUCAACCAGAAAGUAUGCUUGAAAAGCUCAUGUUGGCACGCAAAACAGACACAAAUAUGCCAAAUUUCUUUUUGUCGAUUAUGAAGCACAUCCACUAUCGUCAUAGCAUCGUGCUACCCAUUCUCUCUACUAACGUUGCAUCACUACUCUGCCGUACCUUGGCCACCUGGAAGACCGUCCCUCCUCUCGUGCAGCACUUUGGUACCGCUGAUCAAGCCAAGGACAUAGUUCGAUGCUAUUUGGAGAUUGCCAAGGAUCAUUUCCAAAAUGAGCGUCUGCUCGCAUCAAUAUGGCAGAUGAUUACUCUUUUGUUGGAAAGCCAACCGACGCUUGGAGUUCUCUUUUUGGAGUGUGGCGAGUACAUCAUGCCUAGUCCAAAAUCUGCUGUUAAGAUGUUGACUAGAGAAGAUAGGAUGGAUAAUAAUAAUAAUAAUAAUAUCAAUGGACGUACACCCGCUGGAAAUGAAUCGGCCGUUCGCUCUGCUGUGGACAUCUUGACUCACUGGCAGAUGCUGGCCGUGGAAAAGCCAACCGUACUCUCAAACGUGUUGAGAUUUCUGGCCACCUUUUGGGAAACUGCAGCUGACCAUAGACUAUUGCUGCAAAGAAUUCGAAUUGACAAUGCUCUGUGGCAUGCGCUUGGUCAGAUUAUAUUGAACAAGGGAGAUAUUGAAAAUCAACAGAAGACACCUCUUGAGCUCAGAAAGAUACAAUCGACUAUUGAUAGUGAACUUGAUUCGACCCACACCACAAGUGUGUCUAGCCACAACAGAGUAGUUCGUAGAUUGUGCUGUAUUCGUCUCAGCAAGGCGUUUGCUUUGAGAAUCAUGACAUUUGAUAUCCAUCUUACUGCCAGAUCCAAUUACUCCCGCUCCAAUGUAACCAGCUCAGGGGUGGCUGAUACACUUCCGGCUGGGCUAAAGAAUCUGAUUAUAAAGAUUAGCGAUGCCAGCACACUAUCGAGUAUUCAAGAUACGCUGACCAAAAGCAGUUUUGACCCUAAACUUUCUGUUCUCGUUCAGCAAGACAAUGUCGAUCUGUUAAAUUAUAUUGGCGUUGUAAAUGUGUCUCAGCUCUUGACAUCUGUGGGCGUGGUUGGAUUCGGCGACGACGAUGCUGAUGGUGAAGGGCGACAGUAUGGUGACUCUUAUCUUUAUGACCUGAGACUUGCAGAGGCACGCAUUGAAGCUCUCUAUAAAACAAAUAUACCCGCACCGACUCAGCAAGGACAUAUCAUCGAAAAUGGUAAUAAUGAACCGGUGCCGGACAAGACCAUUAAGAAGGCAUCCAAGAAAUUCCUUUUGGAUAUCUGUCGAGCCAACCACAAUUGGUCAUUGGUUGACUCGGAUCUCAUUCUUCUGCGCUCAUUCAAGUUAUUUAUUGAGACUUGUUCAUGUCACGUCAGUAAUUUGAUUUGGUCGACUAGAAACUCGACAGCACGAACCAUUUCCCUGUUCGAAUUUGUAGAGAAACUUGUGACCCAGGCUACUACAGAAAAACGCGACUCUAGUAUUGCACUUACCUCUUACAGUGUGAUGAUUAACUUUAUUCGAGCUAUGACCGAAGAUUGGAUUGAUUCGAACCGUUCGAUUCUUAUGGGCCCCAACAAGGCCGCAAAGAAGACCUAUAUCGAAAACAUGUUUUUACUUGUGAUCAAGCUUUGUAAAUUACUCCAGAAAGAGAAUUUUGCACUUAAGACCAACCUUGAUAAUUUGACAGCCACAACAUUCCAUCGACCUUUACUCGAGACUAUCUUGCUCUGUAUGCGCACCCUUCGCAGUUCUCGUGGAAUAGUCAGGGAACUUAGUUUAAGCGAUAGAACAACAAGAAGCCUGACCGGACCACUGAAUGAAUUGAUGGAAAUUUCUUGUGAGAGUUUCCUGGUGAUUGUUAAAAAGGCCAUGCAGUCUAAUGCAACUUCAACCAAAAAAGACGAUGGUUCAUCAGAGGAACUUAUCAAAGAUUUCAAUGUGGUGAUUGCGCUUUUGGAAGAAUUGGUGAAUGGACCUUACGCUUUUCAACAAGAUGUAUGGUUGGCUAUCUUUUCGCGCUAUGACACUUUCCCUACUUUAUUGCAGCUUAUUCAUGCUGGUAUUGCGGUUGUGGUUAAUGAGAUUGAAAGCCAAGUUAAACCUGGAAAUGAAGCCAAGACCAUUCUUAUUUCGCCUUAUGCCCAAAGUGGACUUUAUCUGUUAUUGACUUUGACAAAGACACCCGAGGCUACUGAGAAACUUGAACAGGCCGGAUUAUUUGCUCUACUCACCAAUAAUGCACUGACCCAAAAACUUGUGGGCAAUGGUAUUGAUGUAUUCCUCCGGUUCGGUGGACAAGAUGAAAAGCCGGCAUGUUUAGAGCACAGUCCUCUUCACAACAUAUGGUGUCUUAUGUUGGGAGUUACUAGAAAUGCUCUUCAUGCCAGUAAGGGAGCAGAUUCAGUAUUGCGGGGAGCGGCCAAGUUUAUGCAUCUCUACAAGGUACAGACUGGCCGGGCUUUCUCGAAUGCCAAUAAUAACGAGGGAUCCAUGGUUGUUCUGGGCUCCAGUGAGUCGUUGUCAUCGCCUGUGCUUGAAGAGAUGGAAAGAAUUUCGAUGGUUAUGUUCAGCUUGGCAAAGAAUGCAGAUCGAGUCAAAGACUAUGCUUUGGACCUGUUUCUGUCCUACAAGGAAUGCUCUCUUACUUUGCUGCAAAGCUAUCUUUACUUCUUAACUCACCCUGCACACAUGCAAGCCCAACUUUUUCCGAUGAAUAAGCGGGAAACCGAAUUGGGACAAACAUUUACUUCGCCUCGUGAGCAUAUAUCUGCAUCUGAGCCCAAGACGAGUUUACUGAUGUACUUGACGGUCCAAAAAAUUGCCAGGAUUUUGCGUAACAUCUUGCUUUCGUUGAAUAUCUUGACAAAAGUCAACAUUACACUAAACAGACCGAGUGGAGAGUGGCCUUUUGGGAACAUUAUUCUUACUCCUUACAUACAUGUUGUGUUUGAGGAGUCGGUGUCAUUUGGAACUGUACUUGAAUGUAUUAAUGCUGGACUUCGAAUGGUCAGGCAGUGGAAGAGCCAGGGAUGUUUGGUUAAAGGAGAUCCGGCUUUCAAUCCGGAAGUGGCAAACAAGACGAUGAUGGAUGUUGUACAAGCCUGUGCUUAUCUUUUGACAACCCAGGUCAUGUUGUUUGGAAAAAAGCCGGGGUUGAGUGCAUAUUCUCGAGAUGAAAUUGAAACGACUGUUCUUCCAUGUGUUAAUGAAGUCCUAUCUAGAGUAUAUGAUCGGUCAAGUCAGAAAAAAGACGCCGCCGUAAAGAACUAAAAUAAAUGCAUAAAUAAAUAAAUAAAUAAUACAAUACAAU